UCAUGCUUAUCUUGGCGAGCAUGUCACUUAAGUGGUAAAGCCUCUGACUUGGUACGCAUGAGCGGCCUAAAAUAUGCGCUCAAGCGUGACCUAUCAGACGCGACUUAAACCAGCAGGCGCGUUCUUAGGUUUCAAACCUUCUUCUUUUUCCCUGCUUCUGCGAACCAAAACCCAUUUCUCCCCCAUUUUCAAAACUUCAUUCCUAGGUCUCUAAACUUGUUGGUUGUUCCAUUAGGAGCAAGAAUUGGAGUCCUUAGUUCUCCUUUACUCUUUCAUCUCUCAAUUUCUCAAGGCAUUAUGGGAAGAACAAAGGGAGAUGCUUCUACUUCUGGAACCAAGAAGAGGCCAAGGAGGCAAGCUCCUUUGAGACCAUCUAGGCCCGAGACGGGUAUGGAGAGGGAACCAACACCACCCCUUGAUCCGGAUAGGUUCCGCACUCUCUAUUGUGAGCAGUUCUAUAACAGGACUGUUUUGCCAGGAUCAAUGAUUCAUAAGAGAGCGGUUGAUUGGUUGCCCAACCAAGAUCCUUGGGGCAUUGGUACUGAGAUCCACCGGAGGAAGUAGAAUGUGAGAUUGUUGAACCCGGUGGCACAGGGGUGUGGGAACAUGGUUAGAGAGUUCUACGCCAACGCCAUGAUUCGGAAGAACUCUUAUGGGAUUAGGCCGGACAGUCGCUCUUCCAUGUUCCGGGGUAAUUGCAUUCUAUACACUGAUGAUCAGGUGAGGGAGUAUUUGCAGGUGUUGACUCCUAGGAGGGAGGUGACUGUGCUUGGGGUGGACCACAUUUCUUAUCACUCCUUGAUGGCGAGCAUCCCUUAUGGGGAGAUUCUUGUUGAGAUUGCUGUUCCUGGGGCCGCUUGGGUGUUUACUGAGCAUCGGAAUGGGACGAUAGAGUACAGGUUUAUCCCCAGGGCUUUGCUGACUCCUUUAGCUCGUGUUUGGGCUCAUUUUUUGCAGGAUACUGUGGUCCCAUCAUCCAAUAAGACGGAGAUCCGUGCUGAGUUGGCUCUUUGUAUUUUCUGCUUGAUCAAGGGAUAUCCCAUUGAUGUCCCUCGCAUUGUUGCCUGGAGGAUUCAUCAGGUGGUCAACAUUAAGCAGAGGAAGAAGGGGUUGAGAAUGCCUUACCCCAAUUUGAUCACCGGCAUGAUUCACCACCAGCUGCGUUUGGAGGAGCCCAUGAUUGAGCUAGAGGUUAAGUUGUCUCCUUUGUUUACUAUUUUGAAGGCCCAGGAUGUUUAUCAGAAGCAGACCUCGGACAGUGAAGUUACUUGGCCCGCAUGGCGGCUGGAGAGGUCUUGGCACCCAGAUCUAGAGCUAACUCUAGGGCCAGAGCUGCACGAGCGGAGGGAGCACAGGAGGAUAUUCCUCAGUAUGCCUUGGACAUUAUGGCUGGCAUGGGACGCCAGUUUACCAGGAUGGAUAAUCUGCAUCAUAAUGUGGAUUUGCUUUGGGCAGCUAGUGGUUAUGAGGCGGCUGACUAUCGGCCGAAUCUUCCGAUGAAUGAGCUAGAGCUCCGGUUCGUUGGGAUGAGCCUAGGAGGUGUUGAUGGUGCUGGAGCCAGUGGCAGUGGGACAGCUAUGGAGCAGGAUGAUAGAGAUGAGGAGUGAUUGAUGGAGGCUCCUAUUUGGUUUUCUUAUGACUUUUCCUUUUGAUGUUUUAGUACUUGUGUAUUUGGAUUAUUUCACUUUUGGUUCUUAUGCUUGACUAACUUCAGUUCACUUUCCUUUGGAUGAAACUAGUCUUUUUGGAUGAUGAGAAGCAUGUUCAAGCGGUUUUCUAAAAAUGUGUGCAUUUCAAUUGCUUGGUGGCAUAGGCUUUGCAUGAUAGAAUUUGACUUGAGUUCAGAAAGGGUGUAACAUCAAACACACCCUCCUUUUUAUUCUUGAGUGAUGAGUGUUCUCUUAUGAUCCCUGACAUUCUUGAGCAUGCCUAAUUCUGAUUUGAUAUACAUGUUAGAUUUAAUGUGUUUAUUUGAGCUUAGAAGAGACUUGGUAGGUUUUCUUGAGGCCUCAAUUAUUUGUUGUAAAAGCAUGUAUCACUAGUUGCCCCUUUUGAGCCUGAGAUUAGUGCUAAUUUUCUAGUAGUUUUAGAUUGUUUUUAGUAGGUUUUUAGGAACUUUAUAUGAUUAAUAGGGUGUUUGCAGCUGGAUUUAGUGUUUACGCUCUUUGUGUUGUGGCUUGAGCAUUUUCUUAGUCUUUUCGGGUUAUUUUCCUAUGAUUUGGUUCGUUUGAUUCUUUGGUUUAGUGUGCAGGUAUUUGUCAUAGUCAAUUAAAGGGAAAACCAGUGCCCCCCCCCUAUUAUUAUCAAAAAAAAAAAAGGGAAAACCAGUGGUCAAGGCUCGGAGAUGAUCUUCACAAAGUCCACUCACAAGUCACAACUCACAAGGGCAAUGCGUAAGAGCGAUGUGUCAAGCCCAUAAAUUUUAUGCUUAGAUAUUUUUAUCUAUCAAUUAAUUCAAUAAUUUUGGCAUAUUUUAUCAAAUGUUUAGAAACGCGAUCGUGUAUAUUUUAUACGAAUUAAUUGGAGAAUACUUUUUAUUUUCAAUAAUGUACUCUUGAAUUCUGGUCAAUGCAUUUUCAAUUUAUGUUCUUUCA